AUGAAGAAGACUUUAGGACCAGUCGUAAUGAUCGAUACCAACCCAGCUCGAUUCACACAUAACAAUCUCCCUUCUUCGACGGACCCAAACACGAACGGCAACGCCACGAAAGAGCCCAAAGGUAGAUUUUGGACUUCGGAGGAUGAUAAAAACAACCAAGCUACAUAUUUGUUUUUCCCUAUCUUCGCUGCGUUCUUAUUGAUUUUACUUUCUUCGUUGUCCACUCCUAUCAUCGAUGGGUUGAGUAUUGCGAAUGUAAAAGUGGAUGGUGGUGGAUCGAUCAAGGUCGGUACGUGGGGUUGGUGUAUCAGUGAAUUUGAUGGUAUCGAAAAUCAAUGUUCUGCCAAUAAAGGAUUUAACCUAGAUUUAUGGGCUACUUUAAAUACUUUACCGGACCCUCUCAAAUCGUUAAAAAGUAUAAGUAAGAAUGUCAAUGUAGAUUAUUUAAUUGGGAGUGGGGUAAUGCAUAUCUUAGCAACCUUAUCAGUCUGGUUGACACUUUGUUGGACCCUCGCUUCGUCCGGCUCAUGGAAGAACAAAGAGAGACAUGCUUAUAAUUGGACCAAAUGGGCUUUCAACGGUGCGGGAUUCAGUACUAUCUUUGUUCUGAUAGCUUGGUCAUUGGAUAUUGAAAUGUUGACUCGAAUGCAAUCGGUUUCAAGCGACGUUCUAGUUGAUGGUAAAUAUAAUAAUUCAUUAUCGGUCAAACCAGGCCCUGCGAUAUUCAUGAACCUUUUCUCAUUCCUUCUCUGUCUAUCAGCCUACCUCGUUAGGAUGGUUUGGGGUAGAUUUAAGCCUAGACCUAGUUGGACUAUCAAGGGUCACUCUGAUUUCCACGAUCCACCCAACUCAGCUGCGUUACCUCCCAACGAAGAUACCCCACCUACUUGGGAAUCAUUGAACAUCUCCAAUGAUCAACUAUAUAUUAAUGAUAAACCACCUAUUCCCGAAAAUUCAGUUGAUCAACGUGGAUUUAUCGUUUAA